UUUUCAUUUAGUUUUCAUUCAUGUUGAUGAAAAAAUCUUUCUCUUUGCGGAUAAACAACGUACUAUUAUCGGUGGAUUCAAUGAAGAAAGUUGCAAACCGCUGACACCAAUUAAUGAUAUGGCUUGUGAAUGGGAAAUUCCUUGGGCUGAUUGGGAUGCUUUUUAUAAGCCACUAAAAUCGCUGUUAGGUCGUUUUCGAUCACUUGGAGAAUUACCUUGUGGUGAUCUUAUUUGCGGUGGGGAAUCAUAUACUCCAGAUAAAAAUCCUGUCAUUGGCGAAAUCGCUGAGGUUCGUGGAUACUAUGUUGCGAGUGGAUUCAAUGGGCAGGGACUCUCCUUGGCCGGUGGUGUUGGUGAAGUUAUCACAGACUUAAUUUGUAAUGAAGCACCAAGAGUUGAUAUAUCAGAAGUAGAAGUUACUCGGUUCAUAGAUCUGCUCGCAAAUCCACAGUAUCUUAUGGAACGGGUACCGGAAGUUGCUGGGAGACUUUUUGUAAAUCUUGAAUAUCACCAAUAUCGAACUGCGCGCAAUCUUCGCAUGUCGCCUGUACAUCGCAGUUUAAGAAUGGCUGGAGGUGUUUUUAGUGAAAUUUUGGGAUAUGAAAGAGCUCUUUGGUUCACAGGCAGCACAGAAGAUCAAAAUUUAAAAAAGUUACGGAAUCGUGAAGGCUUAUUCAGUGGUCAUCUACAGUUGGCAGGACAUUCUGAAUGGUUCGUUCAAGUAGGUCGAGAAUAUGAAGCAUGUAGAGAACGCGUUGGUUUGAUUGAUUUGACAAGCUUCUCAAAAUUCGAUAUUAAAGGACCAGAUUGUGUAGACUUGUUGCAAAAGCUUUGUUCGUGGAACAUCGACCAACCGAUAGGAACAACGAUGUACACUGGAAUGCAAAAUGAAAAUGGCGGUUACGUAACGGAUUGUACUAUAAGUCGAUUAGGCCCACAACAUUUUUUUAUUAUUGCUCCUACUGUCCAGCAAUUACGUUUCAUCCUUUGGGUGGAUAAAUGGGCAAAAAAUUGGCAAAGUCGUGUAAGUAUAAAUGAUGUCACUGGUUUGUAUACUGCAUUAGACAUUGUGGGGCCAGCUUCUCGUAAUCUUAUGCAAGAUUUAACAAAACAAUCAAUGACUUCAUCUGAUUUUCCAACUUUUGCCAACAAAGUAUUGAACAUUGGCAUCGCAGCUGGCAUAAGAGUUAUCAGUGUUUCUCAUUGUGGCGAACUUGGAUAUGUAUUGUAUAUACCUAACGAGGUUGCCCAAAAUGUAUAUGAACGUAUCAUACAUGAUGGUCGCAGAUUUGGUUUACUCCAUGUUGGGUAUUAUGCACUAAAACAACUUCGAAUAGAAAAAUUUUACGUACAUUGGGGUACGGAUGUUAAUUCAUUGGUUACACCUUUUGAAUGUGGUCGCAGUUUUCGAGUCGAUUUCACAAAAGAUUUCAUCGGUAAAGCUGCUCUGUUAAAACAAAAGAAAAAUGGAGUGCAUAAAAAAUAUAUUCAACUCUUAGUCUAUAACCAUAAUUUAGCAGUGGAUCCCUGGCCACAGGGUGGUGAAGUCAUUUAUCGGGACGGCGAACCAGCUGGCCGUACUACAUCUGCUGCUUAUGGAUUCACUCUUGGUUGUCAGGUUUGUAUAGGAUAUAUCGCAAAUGAUAAUAUUUGCAUAACAGAUGAAUUUAUUCUUAAAGGAAAUUAUAAAAUUGAUAUUGCUGGGAAAAAAUUCCCUGUAAAAAUCAAUAUACGUUCGCCAUCUUUGCCGAUGAUAUCUUCUGAGCAUCCAACUUAUAUGUGA